AGUUUAGGCUUAGUAAUACUGUUAAGGAAGCCACGUACAUGUAUCUAUCUCAAACUUGGGCUGACUUUUAUGAUCCUUCCUACCAAGUUCAACUCUAAAUUUCUUCUUUCUUCUCUAAACCUCUAGAGUUUUUAUGUGUAUGAAAAACUUAUCAUAACAUUAACAUACAUAAGAGAAAGAGUAGAGUAAAAGGAAGAUUUUAUUUCUAAGUCAAGAGAGAAUCAUGUACGUGACAAGGCCUCUGUCUUUACUUAGAAGGUCUCCUGAGCUACUGAAUUCAGUACCCGAAGAGGGUCCGAAUUCUGGUUAUUUGGUUAUGUUUGACGAAGAAUGUGAAACCACAACUUGUUUCGGUUUGUGUAAACAAAGGUCAAUCAAGGCCCUGCCUUUUCCUCAAAACAAAGAUCUAACUGUUACUUAUACAAGACACAGUGGAGAAAGCAGCGUCACCUAUUAUGAUUCUGUCCUCUUCGUUCCAGUGCUUGGUCAACCCCUCUCUUCCAAUCGUUACUAUGUCAUUCGCCGCAAAGGAAAACAUAAAGGUGAAGCUAGUGCUAGUUCAACAGAAAAUGACAUGGGAACAUGCUUUUGCUUCACAUACAUUAGAGAUGUAAAGCCGAGACCUUUCGAUCCUUUAGAUAUCUUUCAACAAGUUGAGAUCAUCCAAAAGCGUAGUGGACGAUUCACGGCAGCAUCUGUUGCCGAAAAUGGCUUUCCACCUACGUUUUUGAGGAGAAAAUACUGGCAACUCUGCAUGGGGACGCCUCGCCAUUACCAAUUAGACGAAGCCCCAGGCCUCAACUCCUCGCUGCGUUCGCAGCUUCCUGAUCUGAAAAUCUUAUCUGAUUCGAGUACUAAUGAAAGUGUGGUUGUGGGAAAAUGGUAUUGCCCUUUUAUGUUCAUAAAGGAAUUAGAGGGAAAGCUCAAGGAGCAGAUGAAUUCCACGUUUUAUGAAAUGACACUUGAGCAGAGAUGGGAUAGGGUUUUUGAAUGUGACAAUAUUGGAAAUGAGAUGAAAAUGGUGAGUGUUGAUGUGUUUGUUAGCAGAGAGGAGGCUUGUGUUGAUGGAAAGGAAGCUCUAUGUGAGUGGGGUCAUGUUGAUGAUGGAGUCAUCUGGUUUAAAAGUUCAUUAGAGGGCGGUAAAGGACAAAAUCAAUCAGAAAGGUUAUUGGGGUUGAGCAAAUUGACAAUGGAUAGAAUAAGGUGGGAAGAAGAGAGAGUUGGGUUCAAAGUGGAUGAGUUUGAAAGGCAAGUGAAUGUAAAGAGAACAGAGGAGUUUGAUGGAAAAGAGUGGAGCAAAUUUAGAUGCUAUGUUUUGGUAGAGAGAUUUGUGUUGAAGAGAGUAAACGGCACCAUUUUGUUGACACUUGAUUUUAAGCAUACCAGCCAAAUUAGGUGCACAUGGGAAUAAGAAUAAUAUACAAUUCAAUACAGAAGAGUUUGUGUUCUGCUCUAUUGUUUUGUCAUUGUUUUUACUUUUGAUUUCAAUAAAUGUAUGUGAUAUUACUACAUGGCCAAGUACGUUUUGGUUCAUGAUUUUAUUUAUUAAUUCAUUUUGCGUU